AUGCCGCAGAGUUCGAGGCACAAAUCACAUAAACAUAGCAAAUACAGUUCGAAGGAGGCUAAGGAUAAGGAUUGUUCGGAUUCUGAAGAAGAUGUAAGGAUGAAGGAGAAAAGUAGCAAAGGUGAUUCGACAAGGGCUUAUCGGGAUUCUGCCAGUGGUGAGAAGCAUAAAAUUUCAUUGCAGGUCCGGAAAGGCAAGGAUGGUAAAGAUCUGAGUUGUGAUGGGAAGGGUGAGGCUUCAGAGGAGUACGUGUCUUCAAAGAGGAGAAAAGAGAAAGCUCACCUCAACAAGGAGAGGGCUGACGUAAGUGGAAGAGUUAGUGGUGAUAGGUGGGAUGGCGCUGGGGAGGAGAGAGGGCGUAGUGAUAGGAAUCUGGAGAAGGAAAUAAAUAAAGGGGGAAGUUCAAAAACUGACUUGAAGUUAAAGGAAAGUAAUAAUAAAGGGGAAAGUUUGAGAUUUGAGUCUAAGAGUAAGAGCAAGAAGCAUGAGAGUGGAACUGGGGGCGAGAGCAAGGAGAAUGUGGAAUCGUUGGUGGUGGAGAAAGAUGAAAGUAAGAGUAAAAGGGAACCUAAGAGGAAAUCUGAGAGGAUUGCUUUGGAAUGGAGUGAAGGGAAGGAAUUGAAGGAUAAGGAACGCAGGAUAGACAAAGACAAAAAGGGUGGUCAGGAGAGUAAGCAUGGUGAUGCUGAGGCGAAGGCUAUGGAUGGGAAUCUUGAGAACAAUCAAAGCUCACAGUUGGGGGAUUUAAGUGGAGAUAGACAGCGCAAACGUGGUAGAGAAAAUACUGGUUGGGCUUUAGCUAUGGCGAAAUGGAUUGCUGUACUUGGGGAGUUUAGUGGACUUUAUAAUGAAACCAAAUAUAGCGAUUAUGCUCAUGAAGAGAAAAUUCAGUACAAGAUAACUUCUACUAGAGAUUAUGCUAGUUCUUCUGGAGGGGCUGAGAAGAUAUCUUCGUCUCGAUCCCUGGAGAAACUUGGUCAAAAUGACAGCCAUCUCGGAGAGUUGUCAGCUGAAAGGCAUCUGAAAUCAGAUAUUCUCACCUCACCCCUGCAACCGAUAUAUAAGUCCCCUUCUUCUAGCACUGAUCGGAGACACUUGAGUAAAUCUAAUGUAAGACGGAGUCUUGACAUUGAAGACUCAGCACUGGGUAAUAGUGGUUCUAGGGAUGUAAAGGAUUACUUUGGUAAGGGUGGCAGGGUAAAUAGUGAGCUGGCCAUGGACGCUUUUCCUGGAGAUGAACUUUCACAACCUGAUGGAGAUACCUUAUCUGCUUCUUCACCUUUUAGUAGAAAUAGCCGUUUAUCUCGCAGUUCCAAGCCAUUGCUACCUCCUCCCUUUAGGACAGGGAUGGAUAGCCGUCGUAGGAGGAUUGGUGAUCCCAACGUCGGAAGGGUUCAAGGAAAUGCAUGGGGAGGUGUUCCAAACUGGCCUUCACCUGUGGCAAAUGGUUUCAUUCCUUUUCCACAUGGUCAACCUCCUGUGGGUUUUCAUUCCAUGAUGCAACCGUUUCCAGUUCCAUCAAUAUUUGGUGUUAGACCUUCAGUGGAUUUAAACCAUUCUCAGGGUCCUUACCAUAUGCCUGAUGCUGACAGAUUCUCUGGCCAUGGGCCCUCCAUGGGAUGGCACAACGCAGUGGAUGAUUCACGUCGUCUGCCAUUACAUGGUUGGAAUGCAAGUAAUGCUGUGUUUAGUGAUGAACCUCACAUAUAUGAGAGGCCGGACUGGGACCCUUCUAGGACCUUUCCAGGUGAUCAGGGCUGGGAGACAAGUGGAAAUUUGUGGAAUGGCCCAAACAGAACGGCAAGCAUGGAGAGGCCAUCUUCUUCCGAGAAACAGAAUAAUUUCGUUCAAGGCGAUGAAGUUUCAGCUGGCCAGAAUGAGCAAACUCAACGUGAUCAGAAGGCUGAUAGUGCUGACAUUAGUCAAUUGAGUGAUAGCUCUGAGAAGAAUGCUGGUGCUGAAGCUCCCCAUGUUAGUCAAGAAGAGACUAUCGACCUUGCUAAAAUGUCAAGAAAGGAUGAUGUACAGUUUUGCCAUGUGUACCUUUCCAAGCUUGACAUUUCUGCAGAUCUUACCGAACCCGAGUUAUUUAAGCAGUGGGCAAGCAUAAUUGAUACAGAUCAAAACAUAAUUUCUGACUUAGAAGAUUCUGAAAUUCUAUACAUGGAGCAAGCUGCGGAACCUCAAGUGGGAUCUCCUGGGAAAACCUCAAGUGUUUCACUUUUUGCUGUAAAAAAUGAUUCUGUCUUCCAGAAAGCAAUGUCCCAUUAUAAGAGGCAGCCGGAAGUCUUCAGAGUAAUAAAUGAAGAGAAGCAAUCACUUUUGAGCUCGAAGAUUGAGUCCAUUCCUAAAUUGAGUUGGGAAGAAUUGAAUGUAGAGAAUGAUAAAGUUGAGGAGCUGUCUCCAGCUGGUGAUAUGCAAGACGCUGAAGAUGAUCUUCCAAACUCUAACGAGGUGGUCGAGCAUCCAAAUUGCUCUCCGAUGAUGGAAAGGAGUUCUAGGAACCUGCACCAGAAGAUCGGUGUACCUGUUAUUAUGAACAUAACGGAGAAAUCGGAAGAGUUGAUUCCUGCCUUGGACCAUGUCAACGGGGAUGUGGACAAGGAUUCAAACCUGGACCCGUGGGAGCAUAUUGCUGAGAAGAACGACUUGUAUAUGGAUAAUGAAGGAUCUGAUGCUCAUUUGCUUGCUGGGAUCAAAGAGGUGCCUACAGAAUCUGCAGGUAAUGUUCAGGAAUUGAAGUCGGUCUCUACUAAUUGUGGUAACUUACUUAAUUCUGAUGUGUCGUGUGAGGCAUGCGAGGGAAAAAUGCCAGAGUCGGAGUACGGGUUAGUAAAUUUAAGUCGGAUACAUAAUUCUCCUGAAAGUACACGUUGA